AUGUCGCUCUUCAAGAAGUAUAUUGUGGAUCUGGCUCGCUACAAUAUCUGGGCUUAUCAGCAAUUGCUCAAAUCUUGCGAAUCUCUGACGGAUGAACAAUACAGAGCACCUUCACAAAUGGUCUUUAGAUCUAUUCACGGACAAUUAAACCACCUUCUAUUGGCGGAUUUGCAGUGGUACAGGCGACUUGUCUUCCAACAAGACACUGAUGAAGCUAGAAGAGUGGCAUCCUUCUUUGUUGAGGGCACCUACGGAUUUGCUCAAGACUCCCCGGAAAUCAAAUGCGAGUCAUUCAUUGUUGAUCGCGAAAAGCUCUCACAGGAGCUAUUGGGCCAGGCAAACAAGUUUCUGAAGCGUGUUGAAGAAUAUUCGGAAGACGAGCUCGCUGGGAACCUCGUAUACCAUCGCUCCAACGGUGCGAAUAUGGAAAUGCCACUAGCUCAGAUUCUCUUGCAUGUGGUCAAUCAUGCAACACACCAUCGAGGCCAAACAACCAUCGCGGGGCCUCAUGACGCAGUCUUUUACAAAAUACUUGAUGAAUUGCAUGCAGAGUACGACGCACUGUUGGAUUCAGGCUAUCGAGGAGUUGGAUUCGACGCGCCAGGACAGCGAGUUGGGACGGGUGUCUCUCACAAUGUACCAGAAUACAUCGCUCGAAAACGUGCUAUAGAAGUCGCUGAACUACGGAAAAGGCGACAAAAAAUCAUGGCUCCUGCAGGUGGUGUGAAGCUGGGUGGUGGAGCUAUGAGUCGAAAACUGGGAUUGAGUUCAAAAGCUCUCGAACAAAUGCUGAGUCCAAGGGAGUUAGCCGCUGCUUCCGCGGAACGAAGACUCCGAGACAUGAAGUGGUGUGGAUCAGAAGACUAUGAUGAUAAUCAAGCCACAGCUGCAAGCAGCAAACGACCAACAGAAACAUUGAACGGCAGCUUAUCGACCAAAAAACCAAAGCCUAUAGAAAACAACAUAUAUGCGAGUUGGGAGUGCUCGCAUUGCACCUUUCUGAACCAACCUCGUUUUCCCUGUUGUGAUAUGUGUGGCUCGGAACGACCCAACUCUGACCAACAAGCAACACCAACUCAAUCUCAGACUAAAAACUCAAAAUCAAUCGUCUCACAAAAGGAACCGAUCGUACUAGAAAGUAAAGGUAAAGAUAAGCAACUCACAGACGGUAUUUGGCAUGAAGACGGAAGUCUGGUAUUUGAAAACGUCUGGAUAUGUCCGAAGUGCUUUGGCGACAAUCAAACAGCAUAUCGAAUGUGUCACAAGUGUCAAUAUCUAAGGGCAUUAUAA